AUGCAUCUCGGUCACCUCUGGCACCUCGUGGCUGCGGCGGCGUUUGCCGUGGCUGCUCCUGCUCGUCUAGUACCUCGGGAUGUUUCGUCCAGUGUCUUAGAGCAGUUCACCCUCUACGCUCAGUGGGCGGCUGCAGCAUACUGUUCCAACAAUCUCGACUCUACUGGAGAUGCGAUUACCUGCGCAGGAGAUUAUUGCCCGGAGGUGGAGUCUUCUAAGACUAUCUCGCUAUCCGAGUUCAACGAUACUAAUGACUUCGGCGACACUGCUGGGUUCGUGGCCGUCGACGAGACGAAUAAACAGAUCGUGGUCGCCUUCCGGGGUAGCAAGAGCAUCAGCAACUGGAUUGCCGACCUGGACUUUGAUUUGACCGAUGCCAGUGACCUGUGUGAUGGCUGUGAAGCGCAUUCGGGAUUCCUGGGGGCGUGGGAAGCCGUGGCUGACUCGAUCACGUCCCAAGUCGCCUCGGCCAAGCAGACCUACUCCGGGUAUACACUGGUCGUGACAGGCCACAGCCUCGGAGGGGCCAUUGCAGCCAUAGGUGCCACUGCACUGCGUAAUGCUGGGUACGAUCUCAACCUGUACACCUUCGGCCAGCCACGCGUGGGCAAUUUGGCCCUGGCCACCUACCUGACUGAGCAGGGGAAUAAUCGGAUGACUCAUCUGAAUGAUAUUGUACCUAGGCUGCCACCUAUGGACUUUGGCUUCUCUCAUUCAAGUCCCGAAUACUGGAUCACCACUGGGGACGACGUGACAGUGACCACAUCCGACAUUGAGGUCAUUGACGGCAUAGACUCGACAGCCGGCAAUGCAGGAGAACUCAUCGAAAGUGUUGACGCUCACGCCUGGUAUAUCAUUGAUAUUGAUGGCGGACCGCAGAGUCCUCGCCGUCGCAAUCGCAUCAAGUCUAUCCUCCUCACAAUAUUCAUCGUUCUCGCCAUUUACUUCAUCUUCUUCGCGCAUCCCGAGUCGUCCCAUAAACCCUCCACCAAAACCGAUUAUGCGCAGCUACACAAAGCGACCCCAACUCCCAAAGCGGACGAGCAGGCUCGUCCAGUGAUUCGAAAACACAAGGAAAUGAUCGUGGCCAGCAUGAAGAGUGAUGAUACCUCUUGGUUCACCGAGUACUUCCCGGACUGGUCCAGGAGCAUCUACGUGGUGGACGACAAAACAGCCCCCUUGACAGUGCCAUAUAACAAGGGGCGCGAGUCAAUGGUAUACUUGACCUAUAUCAUUGACAACUACGACUCCCUCCCAGACGUUAUGCUCUUUUUACACUCCCAACGCUUCCAAUGGCACAACGACGACCCAUAUUACGACGGCGUCCCCUACCUACAGAAAAAGGGUUACGUGAACCUGCGCUGCGUCUGGACGCUCGGAUGUCCAGUCGAGAUCCACCCGCUCAGUGACGGGCACCGCGACGACGUGCAUGCGGGCGAAUACUUUUUGAAUGCGUUUAAGGAACUGUUUCCCUCAUACCCGGUCCCAGAGGAGAUCGGUACAAGCUGCUGUGCACAGCUUGGAGUAAAUCGAACGGUUGUUCUUUCGAGACCCAAGAGCGACUAUGAACACUUCAGGAACUGGCUUGCGGCGACUACACUGACGGAUGACUUGAGUGGAAGAAUUAUGGAAUAUUCGUGGCAUAUUAUAUUCGGACAAAAGGCUGUGUACUGUCCCUCCGCAGAGGCCUGUUACUGUAAUUUGUACGGUCUUUGCGACUUAAAAUGCUCAGAAGGCACAUGUGCCGGUCGCUAUGUAUUGCCGCCCUUCUCUUCCUUGCCCAAGGGUUGGCCAUACGUUGGAUGGGAUGGUCAGGCCCAGAACCCGAGUUACGGUCUGCCAGAGUCGUGA